AUGGCAUCGCGGAAGCGCCGGCGCGACGGCGACGCGCUCGACGCGCUCGCGGCGGCCGCCGACGCCAUCGGCUUCGACGCGCGGGCCUUCGAGCGCGACGGCUUCGCCUUCCUGGACAACUACGCCCUCGGCGAGGGCGCGCGGGCCCGCGCGCUCGCGUCGGCGCUCGCGCUGCGGCGGACGAAGGAGUUCGCGAGCUUCAACGACGCGGACCCGGACAAGCGGCGCGUCUUCGCGCUCCUGGACCCCAUCAAGCCGCUCCUGCGGGCGCUCGUGUCCGGCGGCGGCGGCCUCGAGGGCUUCGUCGAGCCCGGCGACACGCGCAACAACCGCAUGGAGCCGAACCAGUGCCAGCUCGCGCGGCGCCAGCCCGGCGACGGCUUCUGGGGCAAGCCCCACAUCGACACGCCCCACGGGGCCCAGCGCGACGGCGCGCCGCACCACAACUGCACGGUUAUCGUCGGCGUCGUCCUCGACGGCGCCAUGCACGCGCGCGACGACGCGGGCGCGCUCCUCGUGGCGCCGGGCAGCCACCGGGCCUUCGCCGCGGCGUUCCGCGACCACGGCGCGUGCGCGCGCUGCCGGGGCUUCGGCGGCGGCGGCGUCGUCCGCUUCUACGGCCACGACCGCGACAAGAGCGUGGCGACGGCCGAGUCGACGGCCGCGCACUACCUCGGCGCCGAGCCGCCGCUCGCGCACGUCCGCGCGCGGCCCGGCGCCGCGUUUAUCGUGCACCACCAGGUGCUCCACAGCGUCCGCGAGGUCGCCGCCGACGCGCCGGGCCGCCUCAUCGUCUACUUCCGCGUCCGCGCGAAGCGGCCCGCGGGCGAGAAGCAGCGGCGCCACGCGGCGAUGAAAGACGUCGACCUCGAGAUGCCGCGGCUGAAGGCGCUCGCGGCGCGGCAGGUCGCGGCGCGGGGGCGCGAGCCGCCGCCGCUCGCGGCGCCCGGCGACGCGCUCGUCUAUGAUGAGGUUCACAACGCCUACAUCGCGCGCGACGGCGCGGUCCUCCCGCUCCCGUCCGUCCGGCGGAACGCGGACCUCACGCCGGAUGCGGACGCGGCGGACGACGCGCCGGAGACGCCGGACGCGCCGGCGGCGCCGCGCGACCCACGCGAGGGCCCGCGCCAGAGCUACGCCGACGAGCCCGCCGGGCGCAAGCCCCCGUCCUGCUCCGGCAUCGCGCCCGGGACCCCGAAGAAGCCGCGCGUCGUGCUCCCCGUGCACCUCCGCCCCGCCCGGCGCCGCGGCUCCUAG